UUGAAGUUGUUUGGUGUGUUUUCUGUUGGACACUCUAGGUGCUACAUCGUAAGUCAAGCCGAAACCUCGUAUAUUUUUGCUUACGCCAGAAAUGCAAGUGAACUAACAUUAUAGCGACAAUCACAUGCAGGAUGUGAUUUUUUUUCAACAUUUUACAUAAUUUUGUUAUCGGAGACAAACUUAAGGUGUUGUUUUCCUGAAAACCCAACACGUCAUCAAUAUUUACAGGUGACAGCAUGCAUGGCUACAGAAAACGUAGUUGUAAUUAACUUCAUGCAGAAUGCAGUCAUAAUGUACCGGAAUAUCAGCCAAAAGAUGUCGUUUAUCUCGACUUGUGCUCUGCCAUGAGUCGUCUAUACGUCUUGAUAGUUAUCUAAUAUCAUUCUGAAAAAAUACAGGUACUAAAGUGAGAAUCGAUCAGUUUUACCUGCCGACCUUAAACAUGAAGUUGGAAAGACCUGCUGUUUUGAUUCACUUAAUGACUGUUUUGUUCUUGGUGUCCAGUUUUUCAUCUGUCUUUUGCGCUUAUGCGGACCCUGUAAGACAAAUGGAUUCUCAAGAUUCAGUUAUUUUUCAAAUGAAACGACAAACUGAUGACACCCUUCCGAGGCAGAUUCACAUUGCUUUUGGUGUUGAUCCGACAGACAUAACAAUAAUGUGGGCGACAGAGAAAGAAGACCAGUCCAUUGUCCAGUUCAAUCCACAAAAUCGACCAGGAAGCACUGUUUCAGUGGAAGGAAAAUCAGUGGUAUUUGAGAAUAACACUAAAGGGUGGAAAUAUCUACAUAGAGUAGCUUUACAAGGUUUGAUUCCAGGCUGUCUAUACUUCUACAAUGUUGGUGGUGACAUCCAGUCACAAAGGAGCAAUUUUUUCAGCUUCAGAGUUCCAUUCAAAUAUGAACCACACACUUACAUGGUAUUUGGUGAUCUAGGAACUAAAAGUGCAAAUCUUCAGUUCUUAGUUCAUGAGUCUAGGGCAAGAAACUACAGUGCUAUUUUUCAUGUAGGGGACAUUGCCUAUGACUUGGGUAGUGAUGGGGGUAAAGUUGGAGAUAAAUUCUUGAACUUGAUCCAAUUGAUGUCUGCCAACACACCUUAUAUGACAGUUCCAGGAGACCAUGACUUGUUCAAGGAUGACGAAUAUAGGUACAGAUUUUCUAAUCCAAAUGCUGACUGGCCAAUGCAGAUGGAGCAGUUAUGGUACAGCAUAAACAUGGGGAAAACUCACUUUGUAUGCAUUUCUACGGAAGUGUUUUUCUCUGAUGAAAGAAAUGUAGAAAGGUUUAUGAAGUGGUUACAACAUGACCUUACAAAAGCCAAUGACAAUCGAAGUAACUUCCCAUGGAUUGUUGUAAUGGCUCAUCGUCCAAUGUACUGUUCUGUGGAUGACACAAGGGAAGAUUGUAGAAAGCCAGAUUCUGUUGUUAGACAGAAUCUUGAAAGUGUUUACUCCCAGUUUGGUGUGGAUGUUGUGUUCAGUGGACAUAAUCAUAUGUAUGAGCGAACCUGGCCAACCUACCAGAACAAAGCUGUGGCCUUGAACUACAUAAAUCCAAUGGCCCCAGUUCACAUUAUUGUUGGAUCCCUAGGAAAUCAAUAUCUGACGGAGUAUACCUCAAAACCGGGUGGAGGAUGGUCUGCAUUUACAAAAUCAGGCAUGGAAAUAGAAAUAUAUGGACGCCUGACUGUAUAUAACUAUACACACCUGUACUGGGAGGCCAGGUCAGCAAUGGACAAUAGCCUUGUGGAUAGAAUGUUGAUAAUUCAGAGAGUUCAUGGACCAUUCACAAAUACUCAGGUUAACAUUCCAGACCCAUUGGGAGAGGCUGGUAAAGCCUGGAGAAAUAGAAAUGGAGCUACUGAAGAUGAUGGCUCACUGAUCAACUUGAACUUUUUUGUAGUUUACGAUGACUACAAUACUCGAGUCACUGUGCUUUGUUUCACCUCCAUCAUCUUGCUGAUUGGAGUUUGUUUGAGGAAAAAGAUCAUUAACUUUUUAAGAUUUUGUUGUCUUAAAAAUGAUAAAUGUAAUAAUAAUAUCACAUGACUAUAUACGUGUUUAAGUCAGAAGAAAAAGUGUAUUCAGUAAUAUAGAUUGUUUUGGCUCAUUUAGUGCCUUUAUCCCACUUGAGUCUUUCACUUUUCUUUGGAUUGUCAUACAGGUUUAUGUUCCUACAACCUCAAUUGAUUACAAGUAAAGUAUACCAGAAAUUUAUCAGGCAAGCAUCAGAAUAAUUGAUUUUGAAUUUUAGAUUUGCUUGCCCUGCUGUAAUUUUUAAGAAUUUUCAUUUCAUUCAGUUGUGUUACUAUACAUAUUGUUACAGUUAUUUUGAAAUAAUUGGGAUCAUCACAUACAGCAUGUUGGUUUCUCCGUCCCAUUAUUUUGAUAUGAUGUUCACUAUUUCUAAUUUUUUUAUUUUGAGAAAAAUUCAUCUGUUUCUGAUAAAAGUGAAUGUUGAAUCCUAUGAUAAAUAUGCAUGUUGCAUCAGGUGGUUUCCAUUAAUGAUAAAAAGUUACUUCCCUUUAUUAAUAUGUUCAACAUGAUGAGUAUUUCACCUGAAAGAAGUGUCUUUUAGAAACUGUAUUGUAAUAAUAUUAUAUAAUACAUUUUUCUGUAGUUGCUCCCAUCAUUUACCCUGUAAUUUAGAAGGAAAAGUGUCAGGUAUGAAUUUUUUAAAUUUUGGUUCUAAAUCAGUCCAGGUUCAGUGCCCAACAGGUCAGAUGGUGCAUUUUAACCAACUUUUAUUGUUAAAAAUAUUAUUCAGAAUAGAAAAAGAUAAGAAGUGUCUCCUUUUAUGUCAAAGUAUUAUAUAAUUUGCAUAAGUCAUCCUUAAGAAGGAAAGAGAGUAGCAUCUAUAUAUAUAUCGUAAAUGUACGUAGUUGAUGUAAAUAGUACCAUUAAUAUGAUAAAUAGUUUGGCCUUAUUCACAGCUUAUUUUCCAGGAAUGCAUCAUUUUCUUAAUGCAUAAUUAUUAUAAUCAUGAAUUUAAUUUAGAUUUUUUGAUGUUACACAUUAUAAACAUUCCAUAACCAAUACUAUUUACUGGGAUAAACAGAUGAGCUGUGCAAUAUGUAAAACAUAUCCAAAAUUUUAUUGAUACGAAGUUAGGUUUCCUUUUCAUCCAUUAGGUCACAACCCAUUACAAAGUACGUAGUUAUGAUACAAUAUACCCAAAGGCUGUGCAGAAUCUUUUCACAUUUUAAACUUGUCAAAUUUCAUGGGUGGGAUUUAGCUCAAAAAUGUCUAGAUGCUCUUUAGAUAGUCCAAACCAAGGGUUGUUAUUUUUAAGGUUGUCGCCAGCUUAAAAAGACACAUUUUUAACUUCUCCAGUUGCACUGAUGCUAUUUGAAAAACAAAGAAAAAAAAAGUUUGAACUUCUUCUAAAAUUCCACUACCACAUAUAUAGACUAGAGGGAUACACAUUUUAGCUCAAACUUAUCGUGAAAGAUCCUAAGACAGUAUUGUUAAUUAUUUGGGUUGGUCCGAUGUCCAAGCUGGCCACAAUAUUUAUGGUAGUCACCUUGGAAAAAACAUAUCACUAAACUUCUUACUUCUUCUCCACUGGUGCUGCUCAGAAAUCAAGAAAAUGUUGUGUUGUUGCUUUUUUCUUUAAUUAUUGUCACCGUCAGGACAGUUCUUGAAUUUUUUGAUAAUCUGAUGGAACCUGCUGAAAUUGCACACUUGUUCUGAUAACUAGACCAAGCACUACAGUUCUGUGUCUUUCUGUCAUACUUGUUUUAUUUUGUCAUAAGGCACAAUUUCUGACCAUGUAAGUAAUUGUUGAAGGGGUUUACAAAUGGUUGUUAUUACAUGCACAUAGAUUUAGUGUGAAAAAACAAUAGAUUCCAUGUUUUUCUUGCAAAGUUAUGAAAUUGAACAUUAAAGUAUAUGUUACAAUGUGUUAUUUAGACUUAUUACUGAUAAUAUCACAAGAACUAACAAGAUAUUAUAUUAUACGGUGAACCUUGUGGUUGUC